AUGAAAUCAGCCUUGAUCCUCCUUGUCGCCGCCCUGGCAGGGGCCACUGUUGCAACGCAGCAAGUGAGCGACGACGAUUGCAUUUGGUCGUGUCUCAACCAGGCGCUCAAGUACAGCAAGUGCACCAGCGCAGACGACCUGGACUGCAUGUGUAACAGCAGCGACUUCCAAAACGCUUCGACCGACUGCAUCAAGUCGAUCUGCACGCAGUCUGCUCUGGACGAGGCGGUGGCCACGAAGAACAGCGACUGCGUGGGACAUGUUAAAGCGUCGACGUCGACUUCGACUUGA